GUUUGGCGAAGUUCACUCGCUCAUCCGGUCUCAAGAAGUGACGAUCAGGUCACGAGACUGAUGAAGGACUUGCUCCGCUCGGCGAAUGGAGCGUCGAUUGCGUCGAGCUUCGUGGCCUUGGCGAUUUAUGCUGAUGAGGUGCACGUAUAGUACUGCAAUGCGGGCGAGUCGAUAGCAGCUCUUGUGAGAGUGUGAGCACAGGAGUAGUGGGGGUAAUUUUGUCGAACCCUAGCUGCCGCUGCCGCGGAUGAAGCUGGAGCGGAAUCUUGGGGGUAUGGUAUAAAUUUGAGAGAUGGAGCUGCGUUCCUGGAUCCUCAGGAGAGUAGAGAUCUUCACAGCUCGCAAUGUGCACUUUGUCAGAAGCUUUUCUGAUGAAGGUUCAAGGCACGCUCAUAGUCUGUUCUCAAGACACAGUGGUGACGAGAAUUUUAUCCGCCCGAGUUUCAUUGCGGCCGUCCGUGAAGUUUUUCUGAUCGAUUAUCAUCGCAUCUGGACAUUCUAAGACCUGGAUCGACUAAAGAUUAGGUCUAGACGAAAACACGGAUAGAAUCUGAUCUUUGUCUUGCGUUGGUUUCCAGAUUACGCCUCGUAUUCUCUGUCUCGAGUAUCGAUUAGAAUAGAGUGAUGAGCAGUGAGCAGGCUACAGGGUUGGAUAUUGAUGAAGAUCGAAAACGUCGCUGCCGAGGAAAGCUGUUUGCAUUAGAAGAUUGUCAACGGAAGUACCGGAAGGAGCCGGAAAGAGGCAUGAUGUGCAAACACUUGAAUCAUGCAGCCGCUCUUUGUUUGAUCUCAUGUGUUUGUCCGGAGGCUGUAGAAUCUGUGCAGUAUCAUUGUUCCAGCCGGGGCAAUACCUCCAAGCGUCAGCAGUGUCAAAGAGCCCAGGCUCGUCUACAAAUCUGUAUCGAAGAUCAGCAGAAAUCAUCUUAGUCUUCUACGUUUAGAUGGCUCGAAAGUGAAGGACCUUCUCCACCUCAAAAUUUCCUGCAGCGACGACGUAAAGGUUGGCUGGGAAUGAGAAAACUUUCCCACGAAAGAACCGACUUUUUCACCAGUCCUCUCAUCGAACGCAGGCACUGAACGGUGCGUACUUCACAGCAGAUUCUGCUGAAUGUAAUGUAUCACGUUUCGUUUCAGCUUGUAAGCUUGAAAAGAAUACUCUCAGUCAUGACUCUUCAACAUUAAUCUCUUCUGGUGGCAUCGCGCAUGCUACUGGAGUGAAUGUUUACGAACGAACAGUCCUCACACUCCUCAGACUAUCGUCAUGAAGAUACAACCAUAUGUCCUCGUCUGCUUGUGCAACAAGUCUGACCCUCUUACUUUGAUACUGGACAAAAGUUAUUUUGUCGAUGGCAUUGUACCUCAUUUGUGUCAGCAACAGUUUCAUUUAUCACUGGAGACUUCACAAGCAGUUUAUUAUCUACGUUUUUCUGGACCAAAAGAACUAUGGCGAAGAUGGCUAGUUGACUCUUCUACUUUGACACGAUUGUGAUGUACAGUAUUCAGUUUGUUUCACCGAAUGAUAACUUCGUUUGCAAAGAGUCAGAUUGUAAACCCUUUUCACACAACUCUGAAUGACGACACCUCUCUAAUGAAAUAAAGGUUAUCCAUACAGGUGACUGACAUGGAGAAAACUAUUACGGACAUAGUACGCAUGGAGG